AUGUCGAUGAACGAUGGAACAUCAAGCACCUCUGCUUCGGUUAGCAACUCAUCUGGAAACAACACAGCGGAUAACUAUAGUGAUGAUUAUGACGUUUAUGAUUAUCAUUAUGAGUAUACAUGGAGCUUCGAAGAAGAAAAAAAUAACAUUCUGAGUAGAUUGGAACAUGAUUACGAUUCCCAAAGGAGACCGUAUAUGACGAGUGGUGUCUCAGAUAAUGUUACCGUUGGGAUUACGAUUGAUACCUUCAGUGAUAUAAGUAUUACGAACAUGGAUUUUACGGUCGGGAUAUACCUACUACAGAGCUGGCGUGAACCUCGACUGGCUUCCGCAGACCGACACAGCCAACCCAUAUUUCUAACCUUUGGGGAGAUUUUUUCAAAAGCGUGGAUGCCAGAUUUGUAUUUCUUGAAGGAGAAAAAAGCAAAGCGGCACAGCAUUACAUAUCCCAACGUGAUGUUACAGAUCAAUCCAGACGGAAGGAUGGUGUAUUCCCAAAGACUCUCUUUGACCAUUGGCUGCCAGUACAAUUUCCUGAGGUUCCCCAUGGACACCCAGUUCUGCAAAAUUCAAAUGUCUAGUUAUGCUUACACAGUGGAAUCUCUACAACUGCUCUGGGACGAAAAAGAACCCAUACGUUUCAGUAAAAGUGAUCUUAAUUUUCCGGAGUUCGAACUUGUGGAUAUAGAAACCGAUUCCGGUCUUAUUUUGGAUAAACGAGGCAACUACUCCGUAUUGACCGUAAAUGUUCUCUUCUCCCGGGAUCUGCGCCCCUAUCUUCUGAAUGUCUACAUCCCAAGCAUUGUCGUGGUUUUCCUGGCUUUCAUGAGUAUGUGGAUUGACCCACGGGCAGUUCCAGCUCGAGUGACCAUAGGGGUCAUCACUGUGCUGACCACUAUGACACAGAGCGUCAACACCCAGCAAGGAUUGCCAAAGGUGUCCUACGUCAAGGCCGUGGACGUGUGGCUCGCUACCUGCCUCGUUUUCGUGGUGGGGGCCAUGUUUGAAUAUGCCUUGGUCAAUGUUAUGAUUCAAAGGCUGGAUGACCGAAAGGACAGGGGAGAGAUCGUCGACGUCAAACCAGCGCUGAAUAGCAUCAGUCCUUUAUCUUCGGACGCCAAAUACCUGGCCAGUACGCCGAAACAGAUCUACUGGAAUCCAGCAAAGGUAGACAGCAUAGGGAGGGCGCUGUUCUUUCUCUGCUUUGCAUUGUUCAAUAUCAUUUACUGGACUGUGUAUCUCAGCCUUUCAAUGGAAGAUCGGAAACCGCAGAAAUAG